GUCAAUGAUUUGAACUUGAAGUUGUGCCUAUGAGUUAUCACUGUCAAAACUGUGUAUUUAUGUAAUUAAAAAUAGAAAAAAUCUAAAUUAAAUUUAAAUUAUAUUUUUGUAGUAUAAAUUCACUGCCAUAUCUUUUACUAUAUAAAAUGGGAACGGUACAUGCUAAGGCUGAGCAUAAUGGUGAUAAUGGUUCUCUGGGUGGCCUAUUCGAGUUCGACGAACCCAUUGACUUGGAAGAGCCUUUGUCUAAACCGAAUAUAAAGUUGAACGGUGUGCGGGCUCGCGUCGACCGUGUCCAUAUUGACGGCCUGAGCAGAACGAAAGAUGACAUCGUACGGAGCACAGUGGAUGACUUAUUCCACGCGACUGAUUUCGAAGACGUUAUAUUGAGAGCUCAUAAAGUGAGACGAGCUCUCGACUCCAUGGGAUGUUUUAAAGAUAUUGGAGUUUUUAUCGACGUUUCAAGCGGUCCAGGAGCGACUCCGGAAGGUUUAGAGGUAACUUUUCAAGUGAAGGAGCUCUCUCGUGUCGUCGGUGGUAUCAAUACAACUGUCAGUGAAAAUGAAGGAAAUCUCGUUCUGGGUGUAAAACUACCAAACGUGCUAGGUCGCGGGGAGAGGGUCGCGGCGGAGUACAGCGUGGGGCAUCGCAGCUCGUCGAACUUCAACAUAUCCGCGAUGAAGCCCUACCCGCACAGCCCGCUCACCCCCGUUCUCUCGGCGACAGUGUACCAACAGAAUCACGAAUACCCAUGGUCGGGAUACAAGCUGCUGGACCGAGGUCUGCUAUUGGACGUCGCUUUUAGGACAUCCCCUGCGACGAAACAUAAUUUGCAAUGGGAGGGGAUAGUGCGCGACACUUCAGUUCUCAGCAAGUCGACGAGCUUCAAAGUACGGGAGAGCAGUGGUCCCCAAAUGAAAUCCGUCAUCCGCCACAUCGUGACGGUGGACCACCGCGACGAGGUCGUGUUCCCGACGCGCGGCACGUGGGUGCAGUUCACCAGCGAACUGGCGGGGCUCGGGGGCGGAGUUGCGAAUAUCCGCACGGAGUUGCAGGCGGAGGCUAACAAGGAGAUCGCACCUGGUGUUGUAGUUCAAGCAUCGGGAGCUGUAGGUGUACUCCACGAUGUGUACGGCACGGACAUACCCGAUCACUUCUACCUGGGGGGCCCGGCGACGGUGCGCGGGUUCAGACAGCGAGGCGUUGGGCCGCAUUCUGAUAACCACGCGCUGGGUGGAACGGCAUAUUGGGCAUCAGGAUUGCACGUAUACGCUCCCCUUCCCUUCCAACCAGGCAAGGGGGGUUUGGGGGAACUUUUUAGAUCACACUUGUUCCUAAAUGCCGGCUGUCUCGCAAAUCCCGAGGAGAGCGGCACGGCGCUGGAGGCGCUGCGCGAGGCGCGCGUGGCGUGCGGCGCGGGCGUGGCGCUGCGGCUGGGCGGCGCGGCGCGCGUGGAGCUCAACUACUGCGUGCCGCUGCGCGCGCGCGCCGGCGACGUGCCCGCGCCCGGCCUGCAGCUCGGCGUCGCCGCGCACUUCCUCUAGCCGCCGCGCGCCCCCGGGUAGCGUUUCGUUGCCGAUCUCGGGAUUAUUCACGAUCAGUGGCCGUAAUCAACAUCGUUUGAAUAAUUUUAUUUUCCUAAUUGAUGAUACGUUAUAUUGACGAAAAAAGAUGGCGCUGUGUUCAAUUUAAAACACCAAGUACAGUUUUGUUAAUAUUAAAUAAAUUAUUUUUAAACUAACAUAUUCACGAACGAACCCAGUGAUGCCAGAUCGGCCUGAUUUACUGUCAAACAAUUAAUAAACGGCUUUACUUAUAAAUGAACUUGGAAGGCGAUUUGUUAAGCAAUGCUGUCUCUUUCUUUCGAGUGUUAAUUCGGUUAUGAGAGAAAGAGAGGAUGCAGUGUUUCUAAGCACCGCCUAAAAAGCUUUUAUAAGUGAGACUGUAUCUUAUUACUACAGUCAAAUAUUUUCAAUAGAAUGUUGUUUAAAUUAUAAAUGUAAUGAUAUUAAAUAGCUUUAGUGUUGUUGAAAUAAAAUCUAAUUUUCA